CCUGUCCGGGAGAUCCCGGCCCCCGCCUGCCGGCGCAGCACGCAUGUUGGCGAAGCGCGUCGCUGUGUUGCGCAGCAGCCAGCGUGUGGAAGCCUGCUCUCAGGACCCCCGGUCGAUAAUAUAAAUUAUAGGCUGUAACUGAUUGUUUGUAUUGCUUAGCUGUAAUCUGUAAUAGUUUUUUUUAGCAUUUCUUUUCAGUUUCUCACCCGCAGAAUAAACUGGGCCUAUGUACUGCACUAAAUACAGAAAUCAUCUGUACAGACCAUUGGUGAAGAACAAAUACAGAAUCCUUACACAGAGCUCCUUGUAUUGAAAGGCCAUCAAGAUAUAGUACGAUUUCUAGUACAAAUAGAUGACUGCAGGAAACAGACAAGGUUUAUAGAGGAUGGUGACCAUGACUGGAAAAGAAUCAGGUCUCUCGAUAUUAACUGCAUUUAACUCUUGGCUGACACCUAAAGCAAAAGAAAAAAUUAGAAGGUUCGCUUCUGCAGGAGAUGAUGGGAUCAUAUUUCUGUGGAAUGCUCAGACUGGAGAGAAACUUUUUGAACUACAUGGACACGCACACAAAAUUACAGCUAUUGCACCAUUUUAUUCGUCAGAUGCUUCUGGAGAAAACAAUCAAUUGAUACUAACAGCAUCAGCUGAUAGAACAGUUAUUGUUUGGGACUGCAGUAGUGGCAAACAGAUUCAGAAAGUGUCUUGUUUCCAUUCUACUGUAAAGUGUUUGACAGUUCUUCAAAGACUGGAUGUAUGGUUGUCUGGAGGGAGUGAUCUAUGUGUUUGGAACCGAAAAUUAGAUCUCUUGUGCAAGACCAGUCAUCUUACUGAUGCAGGUAUCAGUGCUUUGGUUGAAUUGCCUAAAAAUUGUGUUGCAGCAGCUGUUGGCAAAGAGCUAAUCAUUUUUAGGUUGAUUGAUAGACCUGAAGGUUGGAAUGUCCUUGAAGUAAAACGCCUUGUUGACCAUCAGGAUAACAUCUUGUCGUUGGUCAGUGUUAAUGAUUUGACUUUUGUGACAGGUUCUCAUGUGGGUGAAUUAAUAGUUUGGGAUGCAUUUGACUGGACAAAGCAAGCAUCCGAGUGCAACUUCUGGGACUCUUCUCUCCACACAGAUGCACAGCCAGAAAUAAAGUUAUCCCAAAGCCCAAAUGAAACUUCAGUUCAACACUUAACAUCUGAUGAGGAGUGUGUGUUUGCUGCUGUUGGGAAAGGCAUAUACGUAUAUAGUCUUCAAAUGAAGCGUGUGAUUGCCUGCCAGAAAACUGCUCAUGACUCCUCUGUACUGCACAUUGCAAAACUUCCAAACAGGCAGCUGAUAUCCUGUUCAGAAGAUGGCAGUGUUCGCAUUUGGGAGCUCCGAGAAAAGCAGCAGCUACCAGCUGAGCCGGUUCCAACAGGGUUUUUCAACAUGUGGGGAUUUGGAAGGGCAAACAAGCAGGCAAAUCAAGCUGCUAAAAAGACACAGGAGAACACAACUAUGUAUUUCUUGGAGUUAGUUGGUGAUUUGAUUGGUCAUUCAUCAGCUGUGCAGAUGUUCCUGUACUUUGGUGAACUAGGACUGGCUACGUGCUCUGCUGACCAUCUUGUUAUUUUGUGGAAGGAUGGUGAACGGGAAUCUAGACUCCGCAGUGUAACAUUAUUUCAGAAAUUGGCACAAAAUGGUGGCUCACAGCUCAAAUUCUAAGUUACUUGAAUACAGGGUAAAUGUACAUAAACUGGAUCUGCAUUAAAUGUGAGUGUGAAGGGAAGUCUGAACUACUAGAAAGUGACUAUCAUUAAGGUUUACAUUUAAUGUCUUAUGUUAAAUUAGUAUUUUUGUUAGUUGCUGCUAUUCUUCUCAAAGGAGAAUUUUGCAGGUUAAAGCUUACUUGGCUUUUUCUAUCAGCAAAUC